CACACAUCACUGUGGAUGUCAUCAUUUUCAGGACAGCCUAAAGCACAACACCCAUCCUCUGAGGCAGCAGAGCAGCUGAAGAAGGCAGAGAACAGACGUCAGAGUGUGGAUAUAGAAAAUGAUCCUGUUUGUGGCCUUGCUGUUGUCUUACUGUUUUUUUGGUCUGAAUGGAGCAGCAGGACUUGAGAGGAUAAACAAAUGCGGCACCAGGUGUUCUCAGGGCCUCCGCUGCAGGACCAAGCCAGACUAUUUCUUUCAUCCUUCAUGUGAGAAUCCUCCGGAAGGUCUCAACUCCUCCUCCAUCUUCAGGAACAUCAGCCUCUCCACAGUCAUGAGAUGUGAAGGGAGACAGAAGUGCUCGCUACACCUUAGAAUAAAAAAUGCUGUACUUCUUUCUGAGUCCAUCCAUGGUUUAUCCAUCUGCACCAGCUCUGCAGGAAUGAUCGGCAACUGCCAAAUCAUCAGCUUCAAAAAUCAUAGAAAGACAGGACUCCAGGUGGAGGUUGAGAAUGACUGCACUGAAGUUUCACUGAGCCAGCAUGUCAAAGUUACAGUGAAAACCAUGCCAAGCUUCUGUGGCAUAUCCUGGACUGGUGCCUACAGAGCUCCAGAAUGCAACAAUGAAGAUAUGCAAAGACAUGUCCCAGAAUGCAUUACUGGGAGGCUUUCCUACAGUGUAAACACACAGAGGAAAGAGCUGACUGUCGGUGUGUCAGACAUGCUGGAAGAUCACAACUACUACCUCCGUCUGUGCCGCAAGGAUUUCAUCUGCAUGGGCACAGGAGCACACACACUGAUCAAGAAGGAGGAACUGGAUAAGAGCAUCACUUUCCCAUACUCACGCCCUUUGCCCUGCCUCUGCAUAGAGGGAUGGUCAGCUGUGACUGAUGCCCCAAGAGUCCAAGUCUGCCCCUUCAGAGACCAUGUGGAGGAGCUGUGGUUUGGGAUUAACUUUGACCCGCUGGAAGAGACGCUGUCGUGGGAACCCACCUGUCCCGUCACUGCUCUGGUCGUGUUAUGUCAGAAGAGAGAGGGUGAGGUGUGUGAGGAUCUGCCUCAUGCCUCACAGAAUGUUGGCAGAGCGAAGGUGUCAUUUACCAAAGUGGAUCCUCACCCUCAACUUUGCAUGAAGUUCACUACAGGCUCUCAGUCCUGGACCAGAUGCCCUUUUGCUGAUGCAGGAUUACAAGCCUGGGACUUCAGUGUGACCAGACGUCAGCGUCAUGACGACGUGAAGCUGUCGUCACGAAUCACCGCAAACUUUUCUGUUGGGCUGUGUGAAAAAUCCGAAAGCUCCACUGAGUGCCAGAUCACCACGACACGCAUCGUGCACAUGGAAAAGCAUGAAGCUGUUGACUUAAACCUGGCGGGAGAAUCAUGCAACACCUGUCUACAGGUCAAGAGGCUGGACGUGAGGUUUGCUGCCACAGUCCUUCACUGUUUUGAAGAAUGCAAUGAAGCAUCGUCUGUCCAGACCGUGUUCUCCACCAGAGCCUCUGGGGACUCUGCCUGGGUCAUUGUUCCCGUUGGUGUUGGCCUCUCUGCCAUCAUAAUUGUAGCCCUGGCUCUCCAUGUUCUCCUAACAGUGUAUCAGAAGAGGAAGCAGAGAAGAAAUGCAGACUGUGCUUCUGAUAAGCAAACUGAUCCUGCUAAUGAAUGUGCGGUCCGGAUAGUGCCGUCUCCGGCUCUCAUUCCUGACUGUGGGAACACGGAGAAGGCCAACUUAAUCUCUGACUGACCGACCAAAGAGGAGGGUUCCAUUUAAAAGCAUUAGCGGUAUAAAACUUUAAAGAUGUUACAGUGAAGAAGUUCUCUGUUGAAUGCAGUGUUUUAAAUUUGAUGCAAACAUUUCAAAAGUUUUAUAUUUCACUGUAUAUAUGUGACAGUGUGCUUCUAAAUGUUACUGCCUGUUGUCUGCCUGGGUAAAGGUUUGCUAUCUCAUGUUUUUGUUACAACAUUCAUUCAUUUUGCAGCUAAAAAGUCGAUUUCAC